AAGGUCGGCAAGAUGUGUAUGUAUCGAAAUGGUAUGCAUUUAAAAGAAUGUAUUACUUACUUGACAAAGAUGAACCAAGAGAAACAAUUGAUACAGAGACAGAAUGCGUUAUUGAUGACGUCCAGAAUUCUGGGGAAAAAGAUCUCGGACCGUUUGAUAGUUCUCCCCAAAAUUUAGAUGCAAGUGAAGGAAACAAAAGACGUCAAAUUGACUUGCAAUCCGAAAAUGAACAGGAUGUGAAUGAAAUGCCUCCAAAACCGAAAAAUUUCAAAGCAAAAAGUAAAAAUGAAGAUCCAAGAUUGGAGGAAGCUUAUCAAAUUUUGAAAAAAGUGGCCGCACCUCAACCAGUCGUCACAGAAGAUGAAUUUGCAGUAUAUGAACAACAUAUAGCAAAUAAACUGAGAGGUUACAGUAGAAGGACAGUGCAGUUUGUUCCUCAUACUAUGCCACAACAACUUACAACAGCUCUUCCAACAAUGUAUCAUCCUAAUUCUACACCACAUUCUACCCCAUCACGUUCUCUCUGUCUAACUCCUUACACAACUUAUUCUUCCUCACAAUCCCACUGCUCAACCCCUAACCCCACCUUAACGGAAAUGGUAAAUGUAGAGUUGGCUUAUUCAGACUCACUUUGA